AUGACUGCCAGUGUCCACAGACAUCCGUCCCCAGUGUCAUAUGACCGGAGUUAUUCAACGAGCCAGUCAUCAAAAAAAGUGACGGUGGAUGAUUAUAUUCAAGAGAUAGAGGACUUAUACGCAAUCGCCAAGGAUGAGUUAGAGAUAGCGGCUGAGUCUACUGCCGCGGCCACGAUAUAUGCUGCAUCGGACCGUAUAUCCAUGCGCGAAGCUUUUGACGAUCUUAACCAUGCAUAUGGUGCUUAUGCCGAGAACAACCCACCGCCAGAAGAUAUCGAGUCGAAGGACGGGGAGAACCGUACUGGUGUUGCAGAAGUGCGUUCCACAUCCUACGACCCGACUAAUAUUCCCGCAGAUGUCCGAGCGGAAAUCAAGAGAAGAGUUGGUCAUAGGAUAAGGGAGAUAGAGAAUGCGGUUAAAAAUCUAGAAGAGAGUGCUCAGCACGAGUGA